AUAGCGUUUGAUGGAAACGGAAAGCAAAGCGACCUCCAUCUUCUCUGUCUCGUUGAGAUGGGGUUACAGAAGUGUGGGGGGUGUUUAAGCUGCCUUUUGAUACCCCUCGCACUUUGGAGCAUUGUGAUAAACGUCCUGCUGUAUUUUCCUGAUGGGAAAACAUGGCACGCCUCCGGCAGCAACCUCAACAACUAUGUGUGGUAUUUCGAAGGAAUCUGUUUCUCUGGUAUAAUGAUGCUUCUGCUAGCAGCACUUUUGAUCGCCUUGGACCGAGAAAUCUUCCCUCGGUGCUGCCAGAGUGAGAGCUGCACCAAAACAUACAGAAGUGUCGUAUCAGUGGUGCUUUCGCUGCUUGGGAUUGCUUUCUCUGGCUACAGCCUCAUCAUUUCUACGUUGGGCUUAGUGCAGGGACCAUACUGCAAAACCCCAGCUGGCUGGGAAUAUAUUUUCAAGGAUACUGUGGGCAGCUACCUCGUGGAUCACACUGCCUGGUCUGAAUGCUCAGAACCAGCUUAUGUCGUGGAAUGGAACGUUAUUUUGUUUUCUAUUCUGAUAGCUCUUAGUGGCCUUCAGAUGUUGAUUUGCUUUCUGAAGGUGAUCGCAGAGUUAAAGAGGAUACUGUGCGGAACUUAUCCUGUAUUUAAUCAGUCUGGGCUCAUCUGA